AUGGUACUCACCUCUAGAAAGGAGUUUCAAAGGGAUGGAGAAAUCACCCGACCCAUUGUGUCGUCCCCGAAGAGGUUUGCAGUGGUCUCUCCCAAGCCUCAGUCCCCUGUCCGUCAGAAGUCAUGUGUGGCCCGUCUGGGUGGGCGUGCAGAGGGCGUGGAUGCAGAGCGGGACCGGUUGAUGGUACAGAGACUGAAAGAGAGAUGUGAAGAUCAGGCUUGGCAGCUGAUCACCCUGCAGGACGAGCUCAGGAAGUCUUCACGAUGCUUGGAUGUGUUCACCAUAUCCACACAACACUUCUGCCAGAAGAGUGAGAAUGCUGCUGUGAAGGAGAGGGAGUUGUCCCUGCAGUUAGCCAGAAUCAGGGAUGAAGUGGUGGACAGCGUUCAGCGGUGGGAGCGUCUGCAGGGUGAGAAGGCCCAGCUGGAGCAGAGUUUUGAGCGGGAGCUGAAAGGACUACAAGAGGAGCAACAGCAGGAGCUCAAGGCCCUACAGGAGAGACUGGUAGAGGAGCACACCUCUGAGACACAGCGACUCCAGCAACAGCAGAACAGCUACCUGGAGCAGCUGCAUUCCCAGCACCAGGAACAGAUUGAGGAAAUGAGUGAAAACCAUGAGAGAGCAAUGAUGGAAAUAGAAGCGACUCAUGGUGCCACGUUGGCCACUUUACAGGAAGAACACACCAGAACCAUCAAGAACCUGAAGAUGGCACAUGAGCAGCAAAAGAAGUCAAUGGAAGAGGAAUUUGAGAAGCUCAGACUCUCACUGCAGGAUCAGGUGGACACCUUGACAUUUCAGAACCGCGCUCUGCGAGACCGGGCCAAGCGGUUUGAAGAAGCACUGCGCAGAAGCACAGAUGAGCAGUUAGUGGAUGCCCUUGCUCCUUAUCAGCAUAUUGAGGAAGACCUAAAGAGCCUUAAAGAAGUUCUGGAGAUGAAGAACCAGCAGAUUCAUCAACAGGAGCUCAAAAUUUCAGAGCUGGAAAAAAUGGCCCAAAAGAAUGUUCUGUUGGAGGAGCGUAUUCAGGUGUUACAGCAGCAAAAUGAAGACCUAAAAGACAGGAUUGACCGCAACCUUACUAUGUCCAGGCAACUUUCAGAGGAAAAUGCCAACCUGCAGGUGUACGUUGAGAAAGAGAGCAACGAGAAGAAACGACUGAGUCGCAACAAUGAAGAGCUUCUGUGGCGUCUUCAAACAGGCGAGUUGAGCCCACGAAUGUCUCCCACCCAGUCGCCCCUUCAUCGACCAGCCUCUAGUCCCGCUUCACCCUCCCGACAUCAGCCCUUCCCUAGAUGAGUGUCCAAUUCUCUGCCUUUCUUACUCAGUCUCUCGCACUCUUCUUUUUCUGUAACUCAUGUUUCUCAUUUUGGAUUCUGAUUGGAUGGAACAGAGGAUGCUCUCACACCUCUUACACCAUAGAUGGUGGUCAUAGCGCUUUCAGUUUCAUCAUGCCAAUGUCAAUGUUACUAUAUUAGUUGGUACAGUGAUCAGGGUUUGAGUUGACUUUUUUAGCAAGACUGAACAAAAUAGUUUAAGGCAUGUAUAUGUAAAUGGAUAGUCCACCCAAAAAUGUAACAUUCUGUCAUAAUUUACUUGUUCUGAACCUACAUGACUGACUUACUAAUGUAGAGCAUAAAUGAAGAAAUUUGUAAAAAAAAAAAAGAUUAUUGUUGUUCUUUUUCAAACAAUUUCAAUGAUUAGGGACUGAAGCUUUUAAGCUUUAAAAAGAUGCAUGAAAGUCAAAUUUAAGUUUACUGAUAUACUCCGACUACAGUGUAACCAGAUCAGUGAGUUGAUCUCGAGAACCAAACAGGACUGAUUCAUGAAGAAUCAAUUGGGGGUGCAUUUUUCAAAAGCAUUUCAAGCAAAAGUUGAAAGUUCCAUUGUUACUAACACUCUUUUCUGUUGUUACCAGUUAAACGUUGAAUGUUUUCAUGAAAAUACAGUUCCAAACAAUAUUACCAAACAGCUUCACAAAGUUGUUUGGUGGGAACUACUGUCUUUAAUCUGUGAUUAGAAAUUUUUUUGUUAGUAUGAUGUGACAUACAAAUGAAAAUUGAAUUCUACAUCUUUUAGUUUUUCAUGGAAAUUAAAAAAGUUGAUGUAAAAAGGAAUCAAACAUGGAAAUUAAGCCAAACAACAGAGGACAAAAGAAGCAAAGUUGUCCUCAGUUCACAUGUUCAUUAUAUAAAGCAAUAAUCUUACAUAAUUAGCAGAAGUUAUUACUGCACCACCUGCAUGACGUCACUAACGUCAAAGUUACUACGGUUUCAGGUAACAUUCAUGACUAGCUAGUUAAUUUCACUAGUGAUGCACCAUACUGUGAUACAUAGCCAGCAAAUUACGUUGGGAAAUGCACCCCAAACCACUCCAUGAAUUGAAUUGACUGUUUAAUUAAAAAAAACGAAUUCAUUCACAGUUACCGACCAAUAGGAUUUUGGCCGGGUCUCACAGUCAGUUGAUUAGCAGACUUACAAUGCAGCACACAAGUUCACUUUUACUACACUUUUAUGGUGGUUUGAAAGCUUGAAAGCAUCAGUCCCGUAAUUGCAUGGAAAAGAAAGACCAGCACAUUCUUCAAAAGUUCUCCUUUUGCAUUCCACAAAAUAGUCAGUCAUACAAGUUUGGAACAACACGACAAUGAGAAAAUGAGAGAAUUUUGAGCUUCAAAUUUGUUAAAUUAACAAAUAAACCUACACUAGAGAGAACAGAAAAAGGGAAAAUUAUUCUCCCUUUUUUGGUGUAAAACUAUAUAAUGUGAGUCACAAUGUUGUGCAUUAUGAUAUUUCACAGGCCAUUUUGGAAAUAUAUCCUUUUUUGUACCUUCUACUCUAAUGGAUUUGGGCUUGUGCUGAGGUUUUCCGUUCGAACAGGACAUCAUGGUGCUUGUUCCCCAACCUUUGCCUAUUGUCUCAAGCUUUUCCAAAGAUUAAUCAGGAUAACAUAUAUACAGUUUUACUAAGAAUUUGCCUUUUUCAAAGGAAAACCACCGACCAGCAACCUUCUGUGCAAGCCCAGGCAUUACUGUACUCAAUACACCAAACAGGAAAAGACAGGAAGACAUCUUUAUACCAGGCAAGUUUAGUACGGACAGCUGUCAUUCAAAUGAGGUAAAUACUUUGUCAAAACAGGAUCAACUAAUAAUUAUGCAGUCUAGGGGCUUAAAUGUCGAUACAAAUGAGUCUAAAAUGUACUUACACUUUUUAAGGUGGUUCAUUCACAUUUUGUGACCACUAUACAAGGAUGCUAAUGUUAGCAUGGACUGACAAUGCAGUAGUUUAAACAACUUGCAAAACUUCAACCUGCUGUCUUUACCUUCAUCUCAUGUUUGUGAGAGUAAACAAUCCUCAUGCCUUCAUCUCAACUGUCCAUGUUUACAGAAAUCUCCGGAAUGCAUUAAGAACUGCCUAUGAACUGAUGCCACGGUUAUCGGUCAUGGCUGUUUAUGUCCCUCUUCUCUGUACAGUAUGUAUCAUAAGUCUUCCGGUUGCUCUGACUCAGAUAAUAUGCUUAAACUGCAUUCACGUGGACACUAUGAGGGCAUUUGUCCUAGAGACUUUCCUGCAUAAUAUCUAACUAAAUGUUUUUUGCAAAAGUACUACAGAGCAUUACGUGAGCAUUUUAAGUUUGCAACAAGUUAUCAUGAGUACCUCAGUUCUUAAAAAUGCAGGCUUCUACAGAGACGUAUUGUUUAUUCUAAUACAUUCAGGGUCUACAGUGUCAAAGCCAUGGUCUUAAUACAGGAAAGUCUUUAGUAGUGAAUAAUAAUAACCAGAAAGUAUUUAAACUACACCUGCAUUAAUCUUCCCUGAAUCGCCUACAACAGCUAUCCUGUAUAUUAAGUGGAUCAUUUGUAUGUGUAUAUACUGCUGACGUUGUGGUAAAAAUCUGGACUCAAUCUUUGGGAAUUUUAGAAAGGAGUUAGGAAGUCAUCUUGUUCAUGAAUGUUUUAAUGUCCUGAGAGGACAAUAUAGAUGCUUUUAUUUUAUGUCUAAGUGUACUUAGUAGUGCAGCUAUUAGUGAUUACAUAUUUUAUGAUUAGCAUAAAUGACCAUGAUUGAGUUUUUAUAAGAACAUGAAAUCAUUAGUUAACAUUCUUCAGCCUUAACAUUUGUACUAACACAGAGAGUGCAAAUGGCUGCUGCCGUUUACAAACACUUGAACUAUAAUGAUGGCUGAUUUUAUACUAUUGUACUGGUGAAUUUUGUUUAUUUAUUCCUGCUCAUUCCGAGUGAUCCAGCUCAGGUUAGGAAGGUGCAUUACAAUGUCAUUCACAGUUUGACUCGAUACAUUCUAAAACAUCUUCAUGUUGAAUCUACAGAACGGAAUGUAAACUACAGGUAUACAUUUGAAGGUUGGCAUCAGUGUAAUAUCAGACUUGUAUUUAAAUGCAUUUCACUCGUAUAGCAAUUAAAUUGAAAGCUCUGAAUGAAAUAUAAAAAUCAACUACCUGUCUGCUAUUACAGUUCCUUAGGUGUCUGCUUGGAUUAUGCUCAUCUCUGCUUUUGAAAUAUAAAUGAAAGGAAAUCUUUACUCAAUCAGGAUGUGAAAUGCACUGAUUUGUUUCUUUUGUCUUUUUUCCCCUUUGUGUGUCCCAUGGACAUGAUUAUGGAGUUUCUGAAUGCUUCUUCCAUUCAUAAAGGAACAGUUCAGCCAAAAAAUUAAAAUUUUGUCACUAUUUACUCACUCAUAUCGCUCCAAACUUGUAUGUUGUUAUUUUUGUCCAUGUAGCGUACUUCACAUUUUAACAGUUGUGCCGUGCUAAAAAAAUUAUUUACCUAAUUUGAUGCUCCAGACAUUUAAAAAUUGCUUAUAAAUCUCUUAUUAGCUAUAUUAUCGCCAACUAUUGGAUUUAAAAAGCAUCAUAAACAUCAUAGUUUAUAUAGCAUCUUAGUCAUCAUAGUCUUUAUGACUUGUGCACUAUGUUCCAAAUCUAUCCAUACUGUGAACUAGUGCUAUAUUGAGUAGAAAAGCAUUUACGUUUGAGAAUGAGUAAAUAAUGACUGCAUGUUAUUUUUUGAUGAACUGGAAUACAAACACAACUGUCUGUCAUUGGAUAUUUAAGGGAGGUCUGUAACAUGGAUUGUGUUAAUGAAAUGUCCUAUUGAUUAUUUUUUUCUCUUCUCCUAAUUUGUGUUGUACAGCUUGUAUGAGCUUUAUGUGUGAUCUAUGUUACAACACGUUAAUGGAAAAGCAUGUCUUAAAGCUGUGAUUUAUUUUGUUUCGUUCAAACCUUGUUAGUGUAUCUACUCACUGUUGUGAUGCAUUCAAAAACUCUUUUGAUGAUUAUGUUGCACUUUAU